UUGCGAGCAAGAUAAACAAACAACACAAAGCAAGUCAUAAGAUUUUGACGUUGCUGAUUUUAGUCCUUGAUUAUUUUUGUUCUGCCCAACUCCAGAUUCAUGAAGUAGCCCAAAUUAUUUGCUAGGCUUUCUCCGUUUUCUACAAACACCUUUAUUGAGCAACUGUUAUGGAUUGGUGAAGGGAAAGAUUUUCUGUAGCAACCAAUUCUAAAAAAUAAACAACGUCCAUCAUGGCUAAAAGGCAACUGGCCGGAUUUGGGCCAAGUCGAGCCGCUUCACUGAAGAGGGGCCAAAAACGGAGCAACCCCGACGGCUCGUGGUUGGAAGAAGAGGAAAUCAACCGCAGCCGGCUGCAGCAGCGCGCCCUCCUCACCUUGCAGCGCAAGGAGAAGAAGUGCCUGCGCUCGACGGCCGAGUGGGUGCCCGAAAAGGCCCUGGCCAGGGUCACCAAGAAGCAGGGCAAGCUCUGGAGCACCUUCGGCUUCGAAAGGGACAAACACGUGUGGCUGCGACCUGAGGAGGCCCUUUACCUGCUCGACGCCAACCUGCUGGAGCUGCGGUUCGGGGGCGUGGCCCUCAGCGUCCAGCAGGCCCACACCCUCCUCCUGGGCCAAAAUCUGUCCGGGACGGACUACAAAGUCUACUCCAAGCUGCGCUCGGAGGGCUGGAUCGUCCUCCCCCACCAAAAGCCAACACCCACGCAGAAAACGGCCGAGCCUCCGCCCCUGACCUCGGCCAAACCGCCAACGGUCGAGGUCAUCGACCUGGACGAGGAGGACAGGUUCAAGGCGUUUGACGUCUACGUGCCGCGGGCCCAGGGACGAAGCCAGGUGUUCGUCCAGGCCGCCCCCGCCCACCUGCUGCCCCCGGGGGCGCGUCCCUCGCGCAAGAACUACCUUCUCAAUUUGCAGAACAUCCAACCACCGCGACCGAUCUUCAACUGUCCGCCCAGGCCGCAGCAGCCCAACAACUUCUGCGCCACCGGCUUCUUCUUCUACUUCCAGGGCGGACACUCGGCGGGCCCGCAGUUCCGCACCUCCGUCCAGUCCUUCCAGUGCAGACAAAGCUUCCAAAGGCCGACCUUCCACAGACCGACCUGGAGAGGGCGAAAGGAACCCGAGGAAUACCACAACCCGCCCACCCCUUGCAGGAGGAAGGAAGACACUUCCAAGAACUGGGCACAGCUGAAAACGUUCGAGACGAUCAACCUGGAGCCCGAAGAGGAGCGGCCAAAGUUCACCGAGCACUCGGUCCUGCUGCCCGAGGACUGCAAAAACUACCAACAAGUUUUGGCCGCGCUGCAAAUUUUCCCGGACGCUGCAACUUCAUGUGGUGGACACAACCUGCAGCGGCUAGUCAUCAAGUACAACGUCUUCCCUCCGUCCACCAAUUUCCGAAAGUCGGCGCCUCCCCCGCCCGAGUGUCACUUGGUCAUUCUGGGCCAUCGAGAGGAAGUUCCCACCGAGGGGGAAAUGACGCAGCUGGCCGAGGAAACGGCGACGGUGCCGCUGGUGUUCGCCGUCGUCCACUCAGACUCAAUCCAGUUCGUCAGCUUGGACGAAGUGGACAUGACACUUGUGUGAAAUCUGAUCAAAAUCUGCGAAUGAAUUAAAAUAAAAUAAUGUGAAUUAUAACAAAUUGUUGAAAAUUUGUUCAGAUAUUUAAUAGAAAGUUUUUUAAGUA